AAAGAGAGAGGGAGAGAAAUAUGACGAUCUGAUAUAUAUAUAUAUAUACUAUAUAUAAUUUAUAUGGACUAAUCAACAGUAAAUUGAGCGCACUAUAAAAAUUUUUUAUUAAAAUAUUUCCGUUGAGGAAAUGAAAUUUUUCAUCAGUUCCGAAUAAGGACCACAUCAUUAUUUUGUUAAUCAUCUAUUGGCGCCAUCUACACAAAUGAGUACGACCUCAUGGACCUUUCCUUCUCUUUUAUAACACACACAAAUAAACUAUGGAAUUGAAUUCAAUUGAUUAUGUUGUUUUCGGAAUAUCGAUUAUCUUGUCGAUAUGCCUUGGAUUAUAUCCUGCUUUUACUGGGGGGAAGCAGUUAACAAUUGAUGAAUUUUUCCUAAGUAAUCGAAAGUUAAAGACAAUACCGGUAACUCUCAGUAUCCUAGUUUCAUUUGUCUCUGGUAUUGCUGUGCUUGGCACACCAGCUGAAGUUUAUGUUCAUGGUGUUCAACUGACUAUGAGAACUAUCGGCUAUUGUUUCGCGUGUUCAAUUAGUGCCUUAUUAUUUGUACCUUUAUUCUAUAAGUUGCAGUUGACUAGCUGUUUCGAAUAUCUGGAUAUGCGAUAUGGGUCAAAAAUGGUUAGAAGGUUAGGAGCUGCUACUUUUCUGAUGAGCAAUGUGCGGUAAUUUAAAACUAAUCGAUUCAGCUUAAAAAUUCUUCCUGUUUUCAACUAUAAACUAUAUGAGAUUACCUUUUUAUUGCAUCCCGCAGAUAUUUUUCACUGGUUUGGUCAUAUAUUCUCCCGCAGUAGCAAUGGAAGCGGUCAGUGCCUUUCCCCUUUGGGCGUCGAUCAUCGUGUCGGGUCUUGUGUCGACCAUUUACACGACACUGGGUGGUAUAAAAGGCGUCGUCAUUACAGAUGCACUACAGGCGGUUAUUAUUAUCGGUGGCCUACUAGCCGUAUCAAUAUACGCUACCUUUCAGACUGGUGGUAUUCGUACCGUCAUGGAGACAGCUAAGGAGAAGGGUCGUCUAGAUUUCUUUGAUUUUUCCUUAAAACCUGGUUUAACGUUUUACUCAGUGACUAUUGGAGCUACUUUUCAUACAUUAACUAAUUUUGGAAUUGGUCAGGGAACUAUUCAGCGUUAUAGUGCAUUACCUUCACUAUCUAGUGCAAGAAAAUCCAUAUUUGGUAAUAUUCCAGCUUUAAUUGCUUUCAAUGCUCUUACAACUUACUCAGGUCUUGUAGUAUAUGCUUUCUAUGCAAAGAAGAGAUGCGACCCCUUAAGAGCAAAGUACAUACAAUCCCCGAAUCAAAUCCUGCCCUUCUUCAUUAAUGAUGUACUCGUCCUCCCUGGAUUAUCUGGAAUCUUUCUUAGCGUUCUCUUUGCGGGAUCAUUGAGUUCAUUGUCCACUUUGUUAAAUGGAAUGGCUUUGGUUACGUGGACAGACUUUUUAGCACCAAUAUUUAAAGAAGUCACUGAGCGUCGUAGGAUCAUCAUCUGCAAAUUUCUAGUUAUCGCCUACGGCAUCUUUGCCAUAUCGACGGCCUUUUUGGCAAAUUUCAGUGUAAAGCACGUACUACGGUUAUCGUUAAGCAUCACCGGUGCCUUUUCCGGUCCGACUCUUGGGGUUUUCAUUUUAGGUGCUACAACAAGACGAGCAACGGCCGCUGGCGUCACAAUCGCGUGUUUAUUAUCCACUAGUUUAAUGGCAACGUUGUCACUAAUUAAUUUCUUUAAACCUAGACAAAUUUCAAUGGAAAAUUUUCCCAAUUCCACAACAAACUGUAAAGUCGGUCUUAAUUUUACAGAAUCCGUUCAAUUGAACAAAGAAUCUAUACAUCCUGUCAUUAAUUUCAUAUAUGAAUUAUCUUUUUUGUGGUACAGCUUAAUAGGCUGUCUUGCCUCUUGUUUCUUAGGCUAUAUAUUUAGUUUCUUUUUAUCAACUGCGGAGCAAAGAGAGAGAGUCGAUUCGAAGUUGUUAUUUAGUUCCAUUUUCAAGACUUCAAAAAUUAAAUCUAUUCAGGAACAGCAUAAGAUGUUAGAUCUGAAAGAAGGAGCAGUAAUCUAGAAACAAUAAGAAGGUAUCUAUUUUUGUUUCGUUAUGUUUUUCAAUGACAUAUUUCUAUUUUCUAUAUAUAUUUCCAUAAAAUACUUACUGUUGCAUAAUAAAAUCAAUGAAACACACCAGAAAAACAAACUGAAGUGACCUUGUCGAAUACAUUUAAAUUUUUUUGGUUAAAGCUAAUCGAUCCGUCUUCAUUAAAAAACUAAUUAGGACGAAGAAGGAAAUUGAAAAUUUAUUAACUACUAAUAAAUAAGAAAAAAGUCAGAUGUUUGUAAAUAAACUGAAUAGAAGAGAAAACAAAAACAUAUAUUUAAAUUAUUUGAAUAUCUAAAGAAUUGGAUACAGAUAUCUAAUUUAUUUUUGUCUAUUUUCCUCAUUUCUCUACAGAAAUAAUCUUUUUACCUUUCUAUUUGCUUUUUUUGUCAUUUAAAUAUCUCAUUUAUGUGGAUUAUCAACAUUUUUUAUCGGCUUUACUGAGAAACAUACUUAUUAACCUACAUUAUCUAACGAUCAUUUUCCUUCUGUUCAAAUUCAUAUCAACUGUAUUUUACACUAGAACAUAUCCAAGAAAAAAUUUAUGAUAAUUACAUAUGUAUACAUUAUAGUAUAUACUAUAAGUUAGCUGCUAUUAAUUGCCUUGCUAAUGAUGUUCCCCGAUGGAUACGUAAUGAUAAAGAAAGCUAUUAUAAUCAACCGAUUAUCCAUAGCUCCAGGACCGGAAGCUAAGAGCAUUAAUGUAAGAACAAAAAGUAAUGUAAUUAGUUAAAAAUGAAAUCAAAUGUACGUAUAGAAACUUAAAUAUAAUGUAAAGCUGCAUAUCGUGCAACCGCCCAAUCUAAGAAUAUGCUGAGUCAUUAUUUCUUCGACAUGUUGGUUAAUUAGUAGAAAAAUCUAUAACGCUUAUCAUGUGAGGAGAUGGAAGGGGAGUAAUGUUAAUGAUACAUACUGUGUAUAUACAGUAGAUAUAUAUAUAUAUAUGGUUUUACUUUUUCACGAUUUGUUUAUAGCUUCUGUGAAAAUAAAUUGGCUUGGAUUUCUUUUUUUGGAAGUGGAUAUUGAACUAGGAGUGAUUAAUCUUAGUAUAAAAGAAAGGAAGAAUUUAACCCGUUUGAUAGCUUGCGUGUUGACUCUACUACAAUUUUAACUUUGAUUAAGGCUCUUACUAUGACUUUUCUUUUCCCUCCGAUCAGAGACAUUUGUAUAAAUAUACGUAAUAUGUUUAUUCACAAG